ACUGUGACGACUAGACUAGACUUACGACUAUCCGCAUCUUCCGUCGUCAAAGCAAAGCUUGCUUGCUUUAGUUCUGGACUGCUCUCCAUCCUCCUGCAUCCACUGCUCGAGAAAACCACGAUAGGGGACACAUACCCUCAACGCCUCAAAAGUUUCUACAGGUAAUGGGCCUUAAAAUGGGCUAAUUUCGUUUUCUGUAUGCAUCAUGCCCUCAACGCAUUCGCAGCUCAGUGUUUUUUGUUCUGCCGGCGACUGCAUGCAAGAAGAACCGUAAGAUCUUUCUCAAAUCGACACAGCCGACAGCCAUUUAAUCUAUUAAUGGCUGCUGCUGAAACACUAGUAAGUGCAUGCAAUGGCAUUGUCUGUACACAUCCAGACCCCAAAAGAACAUACCAAGUUAUUGUUGCUGCCACACGUGCAAUGGGGAUUGGAAAAGAUGGAAAAUUACCAUGGAGAUUACCUUCAGACCUCAAAUUUUUCAAAGAUGUCACCAUGACAACAUCAGAUCCAGUGAAAAAGAAUGCUAUUAUAAUGGGAAGAAAAACAUGGGAAAGCAUACCUUUAGAACAUAGGCCACUCACUGGUCGACUCAAUGUUGUUCUAACUCGUUCAAGAACUUUUGAUAUUGCAACUGCUGAAAAUGUUUUAAUGUGUGGAAGCAUGAUUUCAGCUUUGGAAUUGUUAGCUUCAUCACCCUAUUGUUUAUCUAUUGAAAGGGUGUUUGUGAUUGGUGGUGGUGAAAUCUUAAGGGAAUCACUGAAUGCUCCUGGAUGUGAUGCAAUCCAUAUAACUGAAAUUGAAACAGACAUUGAUUGUGACACUUUCAUUCCUUCCAUCAACACUUCAGACUUCCAACCAUGGUAUUCGUCAUUCCCACUACUCGAGAAUGGAAUCCGCCAUUCCUUCACUACAUAUGUUCGAGUGAGAAACUCCGGAAUCCAAUCCCCCAAAGUUAAUGGUUCAUUGUCUGAAUGUCAUUCAGACUCACCAAAAUUUGAUUCAAGAAUGUUCUCUUUUUUGCCCAAAAAGAUAUUUGAAAAGCAUGAAGAGUACCUUUAUUUAAAACUAGUGGAAGAUAUAAUUUCCAAUGGUGCUUUGAAGGGUGAUCGAACAGGAACUGGUACUUUGUCAAAAUUUGGUUGUCAGAUGAGGUUCAAUCUGCGAAAGUCUUUUCCACUUCUUACAACCAAGAAAGUUUUUUGGCGUGGAGUUGUGGAGGAACUUUUGUGGUUCAUAAGUGGGUCAACAAGUGCAAAGGUCUUACAAGAUAAGGGCAUUCAUAUAUGGGAUGGUAAUGCAUCAAGAACCUACCUAGACAGUAUUGGCUUAGUGGACAGAGAAGAAGGUGAUCUGGGUCCCGUUUAUGGGUUUCAGUGGAGACACUUUGGUGCAAGGUAUACUAACAUGCAUGCUGACUACAGUGGUCAAGGGUUUGACCAAUUGCUAGAUGUUAUUAAGAAAAUAAAAAAUAAUCCAGAUGAUCGACGUAUCAUUCUUUCAGCAUGGAACCCUUCAGAUCUCAAACAAAUGGCACUUCCACCAUGUCACAUGUUUUCACAGUUUUAUGUAAAUGAAGGAGAGUUAUCUUGUCAAAUAUAUCAGAGAUCAGCUGACAUGGGACUUGGUGUUCCAUUUAACAUAGCUUCAUAUGCGUUGUUGACUUGCAUGAUUGCACAUGUUUGUGAUCUUGUUCCUGGUGAUUUUGUCCAUGUUCUUGGUGAUGCUCAUGUCUAUAGCACUCAUGUCAGACCCUUGCAGGAUCAGCUUCAAAAACUCCCUAAACCUUUUCCUAUAUUGAAGAUUAAUUCGGAGAAGAAGGAUAUAGAUGGUUUUUAUAGAUCCGAUUUUGGGGGCAAUGGGUGUCGAGUUUUAACAUAACGACGUGGAUAAAUGAUAAUGAUAUUAUUAGCAAUUAAUUAAUGGGAAUCCCUUAGUUCCACAUAUUGGUUAAGGUGAUUUGAGUAUGUAGUUAUGUUUUAGCUUUUUGAUGAGGGUUUCUGUUAACAUUUGUUAAAACAAGGCUACAAGAGCAUGUUAUGACUUGUGUGAGUUGUACAUUUAGCUAGGGCUAUUGUACCUUGUGUGCCUUGUUACUCGUUAGUAUCGAUGCAAAAACUAAGACUAUAUAUCCAAGUGUUUGUUCGUCAGAUUCUGUGUAUUGAUAAUAUUACUUAUUUAUUGGUAUCUUAAUGCGUG